AUGUCAGCGGCGGCAAGAGAACUCAGAGGGAGGAAUCGCCUGAAUGCAAAAAAGAAAAACUGGAAAGAAAAAAUUUUUAUUUAUUUAUUUUUUCUCUUUUUGAAUUCACAAUUGCUUCUGCCGUUUAACGCAAAGUCUUUGUUGGCAGCUUGGGUGGUUCUUUGCUUCUCCUUGCAUACUCCCCUCCCUUUUUUAUUUUUGCUUUUUUUUUAUUAUAUUAAAAUUUUUUUUUUUGUUUGGCUGCGCUGUUUGUUUGGCGCCUCUGCUUUCUCAUUGAUUGAUUUUGCGCUUUGCUCUUGUUUUUUUAUCCUGCUUUUGUUGCCUGGAAAAGAAAAAAGAAAAGAAUACAUAGACGACGCGUGUUGCAAAGCGUCAUUGAUGUUUGGAGAGCUGGUGUGUGGCCCUCCUGGCAGCGGGAAGACGACGUACUGCGAGGGGAAACGGCAGUUUCUCAGUGUGUAUGACCCAACACGACCCGUCGUUCUGCUGAAUUUGGAUCCUGCCAACGAAGAUGUGUUCCCGUACCCUUGCGAUGUUGACGUACGGGAGAUUGUCUCACAUGCGCGUGUCAUGGAGGAGGAAGGCCUGGGCCCGAAUGGCAGCUAUGUGUUUUGUGCGUCUGUGAUGGAGCGCAACAUGGAAUGGAUUACUCGCAAGAUCGAGGAGGCGGUGGAGAGGCGACUGCGAGAUGUUGUUUCCACAGCGGCGCCAAUAGCGACAUCAAGUGGGUUGCUUUCGACGCGUGCCCCGUAUCUUAUUGUGGACUGCCCUGGACAGGUGGAGUUUUACUUGGGGUCGUAUGUCAUGCACGCUCUUUUUAGGGUGCUGACGAAGCAGUUGUCGUGUUCCUUUUGUACGGUGCAUCUCGUUGACGCUGCCGUAUCCACGCGUGACGUGGCGACAUAUGUGUCAAGUUGUUUGCUGAGCAUCACUACGAUGAUUGAUCAUGAACUCCCGCACGUGAAUGUGAUGAGUAAGUGGGACACUCUUUCCGCUGAGGAGGCGGAAGAGGGGGAGACUUUUUUGCGUGCUUCGCAUUUCAUGGCGGAGGAUUUUGACCGCUUAUGGAAGAAACAGCUGCGAAGGCGGCGACGUGAGCACCGCCGGGCGCAGAUGUACCCUACCGGUUCGACUGACGCGUCUCGUGUUGAUUCGAAAUUAAUGGAAAAGGACGAUACGGAUGUGGAAGCCAUUGAUUUGGAGCGUGACGGUGGGCGUUUGUAUCACUACAGCAAGGCGGUGAUGGACGUGGUGGACGGGUACGGUUUGGUGGGGUUCCAACCCCUCGACGUGCAGUCACAAGACAUGAUGCUGCGACUCACACGACAGAUUGAUGAGGCGAUUGGUAAUUUUGUGUGA